AUGGAGCGAUUCCUCAGUCUAUUUUUUCAUAAUGAUCUCUGUGCCUCUGGAACCGUUCGAUUGGCUCAAUCUAAAGAGACUCAAGCUCUGGUAGCCAUCAAAGUGAUGCACCUAGACAAACAGCCCAAUCGGGAUCUGAUUAUUUCUGAGAUUGAGGUGAUGCAACACACCCGUCAUGAGAACAUCGUCAAUUAUAUCGAAUCCUUUCUACUGCGUGGUGACAACGAACUAUGGGUAGUGAUGGAGUUCCUAGAUGGUGGACCAUUAACGGAUGUUGUCACUGAAACCGUGAUGGAUGGACCCCUUAUAGCUGCAGUCAUCCGUGAGGUACUGCUGGCACUUUCCUUCCUCCAUGAGAAGAAUAUCAUACAUAGGUGA